UGGGCGCCAUGACAGCCCGGCACAUGACGUCGGUGGGCUGAAGAAAGUUCCUGGCGGCCAACAGCUCGACGGCCCCCCACGGGAGAAACGCGCUUUGCGGAUUAAGAAAGAUUGUGAAAGACCCCUUGAUACCUUCUUCGUGUCCUUCAGCCUGUGGAAAAGUGAAUGAUGGCCUCACCGGUCUCUGUCUACAACUCCAGCGUCUUGGAUGCGCACAUCUCCAGUCCCUCCAGAGAGUCUCUGAAGAUGGAGUUGUUGGCCGAUGUCACCCUGCUGCCCGGAGAAGAGAGAAUCAUAGACAAGGACAUCAUCUACAUCUGUCCGUUCAAUGGCGCCAUCCAAGGCAAAGUGUUGAUCACCAACUACCGAGUCUACUUCAAGAGCUCGGAUGCAGAUGUGGCAGUGACACUGGAUGUUCCUCUUGGUGCCAUCAGUCGCGUGGAGAAAAUGGGCGGGGCAUCAAGUCGAGGAGAAAAUUCCUACGGCCUGGACAUUACGUGCAAGGACAUGCGAAACUUGAGGUUUGCCCUGAAACAGGAGGGCCACAGCCGAAGAGACAUUUUUGAGCUGCUUUUCAAAUAUGCCUUCCCCAUCUCGCAUGGCCUGCCUCUGUUUGCGUAUGUGACUCAGGAGAAGUAUGAAGAAAAUGGCUGGAGCGUAUACAGGCCCGUUGAGGAGCUCAGGCGGCAGGGCUUACCUAACAACAAAUGGCGCAUUACGUUCAUCAACAAGAAUUACGAGCUGUGUGACACGUACCCCACCGUUCUGGCCGUGCCCUUUAAGUCGAAAGAGGAGGACCUGAGGAGAGUUGCUUCCUUCAGGUCCAGAAGCCGCAUCCCUGUCUUGUCCUGGAUCCACCGCGAGAACCAGGCGGUGAUCGCGCGCUGCAGCCAGCCGCUGGUGGGCAUGUCGGGGAAAAGGAACAAGGACGACGAGCGCUACCUGGACCUGAUCAGGGACGCUAACGACACCGCCAAGCUCACCAUUUACGACGCUCGCCCCAACGUCAAUGCCGUGGCUAACAAGGCCACGGGUGGCGGCUACGAAGGCGACGAGUACCACAACGCCGAGCUGGUCUUCCUGGACAUCCAAAACAUCCACGUCAUGCGAGAGUCCCUGAAGAAGCUCAAAGACAUCGUUUACCCCACCGUGGAGGAAUCCCACUGGCUGUCCAGUCUGGAGUCCACGCACUGGCUCGAACACAUCAAGCUUGUAUUGUCCGGAGCCAUCCAAGUGGCAGACAAAGUGUCCGGCGGCAACUCUGUAGUGGUCCACUGCAGCGACGGCUGGGACAGGACGGCUCAGCUAACAUCUCUGGCCAUGCUCAUGCUAGACAGCCACUACCGCACGCUCAAAGGACUCCAGGUGCUCAUCGAGAAGGAGUGGGUCAGCUUUGGACACAAGUUUGCGUCCAGGAUAGGUCACGGUGACAAGAACCAUGCCGAUCAAGACAGGUCGCCCAUCUUUGUCCAGUUUAUGGACUGCGUAUGGCAGAUGACCAAGCAGUUCCCCACGGCCUUCGAGUUCAACGAGCGCCUCCUGCUGACCAUCCUGGACCACCUGUACAGCUGUCGCUUCGGGACCUUCCUUUACAACUGCGAGAGUGCACGAGAUCACAAUGCCCUGCGGCAGAAGACGGUAUCUCUGUGGUCGUUGGUCAACAGUAAGACGGACGUUUAUUUGAACCCUUUCUACACGCCCGAGUCGGGCCGAGUCCUUUAUCCCGUUGCCAGCAUGCGCCACCUCGAGCUCUGGGUCACCUACUACAUACGCUGGAACCCGCGCAUCCAACAGCAGCAGCAGAGUCCGGUGGAGCAGCGUUACCUGGAGCUCUUGGCGCUCCGCGACGAGUACAUCAAGAAGCUGGAGGAGUUGGAGCUUUCCGACUCAUCGGCGCCCCCUUCGGCACGGCUGGCCAACAGCGGCUCCAGCGCCAACACCUCGUCGUCGUCCGCGUCGUCCCCCACGCAGCAGCAGCAGUACACACACCUACACACGCCCUUCUGAGGGACCCCUCUGAUGCGCACGCACACACACACGCGCGCACACCGUUCACUGCUGGUGUGUCUGUGCAGUGCUAACAAAGUACGCUAACAGGACUUUUUCUAGUUGUAUGCAAUAUGGCACCAUGCAGCCUUCUCACCGCACACAUCCACACAAACGCACACACAAGCCUUAAAGACGUUUCCUGGCUUUUAUUCCAAGGGCUUGCAAACACACACAGGUCAUGAAGCCAGCGUGCUGACUCAAGACGCACCAAAAACACACACUAUUUCAAGUUGGGGUGAGCACGCAGAGUUGAGGUGCAGCAGAAAAGGCGGCGCCACGAAAAGGUUGGAAUGCCGCUCGUCUGUUCAGUUGCCGUUUCCUGUCUCGGAUCUCGAACGAUCGCACGCGACGGUCGACGCGUUUCAAAAGAGCCUCCCUAGAGAUGCUAUGCUAACGUCAAUGUUCAGAAUGGCGUGUGACACUUUUCCUUAUGUCUUCGCAGCUUUUCCGAUUUGCAUUUGGUCCAUCAGGAGUAAUGUCCGUGACUUGAAGUCCUGCUGUCCUUUGUCGCAAUAACGGUCGUUUCCAGAGCCAAAAAGCAAAGCGGCAACGCCACCGCCGAGCUGGUCGGAUGCUCGAGUGUCGUUCAAAUGUGUGCCUUGAUUCCCCUCCGCGCUUCACGCGAGACGCCUCGUUGACAUUUUGGGGCUUCUGAACUGCGCUUUGCUUUUCAGUCAACUCGACAGGGUACGGCUCUUGCAAGCCUGUCAAUCACCAUGUCCCAAAAAAGGCCAAAGUGCUUAAGGGAACAGUCUAUAACAGUGGUCCCCAACUUUUCCCACGGCACGGACCGGUUCAUAAAGUUAGAUUUUUAAAAAAAAAAAUUUGUGGGCCUGCUACCAUCGGGGAUGGAGUGGGGAGCGCUCAUUAUCACAACUCAACACUGUUUUGAAAUUGCCUGCUUUAUAGCAUCCAUACUGAAAAUAAGAUAACUCGACAGUACUUAUAUUUUAUUCACAGGAAUUAGAUUUUCACCACAAAAUGGAGAAAGACGAACAGAGAAAAUGAAAGCGUUUUUUUAAUGAACACUAACAACCAAUGUAGAACAGUAUAAAACAACAGUGAACCACAAAAAAUGGACUCUCUGGAAUAAUGAAUCCACCUUCAAAAUGUAAACAACAGUUUUGAAAAUAUGAUCCUACAUGGCAUUAACGUCAUCGCGACUGGCAAAAAAAACAUGCAUGAUGAAAAGAUGACAAGAUUGAUCGCUGCGUCGUUCCAUUGGCCGCACGGCUAUUUAGUAGCGGCUAAAAACCGCUGGCGUUUUCAUGCUUUCCGUGUCAUUACUUAUACGGCACUUGUUCAAGUGAUUCAGGAUUUUUGUCUUGACUCCACACUACUUUGGAAAUACUGCCCCACAAUCCAUAGUGAGGAGCUACAUUUGUCAAAAUGCCUUCAUCUACGCGUUUACCCGCACCUUCAAGUCAAUGUUUACGUCUUCGUAUUAAUUCCUGUCGUGAAGAUAACCGGUGCCGGGCUGCGUACCGGUGGUUGGGGACCACUGCUGUAAGAUGUUUCACGUAAAGAAACUUAAACCUUGUUUUAUGUCUGAAUACUGUCUAGAAAUUGUGACCAAAAUGUAUGCGUGUAUCUCAACUCGUGCCCAGUCCCACCUGGUUAAAUGUCCAUACGUACAAGUAUGCAUCAUGAUAUUUUGAGGUAGAAAUGGGCAGAAGUGAAGAUAUCCACAUAUAUUUUCGUCCCGAUUGAUGGCUGUUUUUGGACAGUGAGGAAUGAGGUAUCCUGUAUUAAGGCUUGUUAAACUGUCCCGGUCAAGCGCACUUCUUGUAUAACGUCAUUCAACUUCUCGUCAAGUCGCUCUUAUUUAGAGAGAAGUUCUCUUCUUGGAAGUCGUCGGACGUCCUGAAAAGCUCCCAAACAGGGUAAAUGCGGCCGAUCGAGACGCCUUCUUGAGCUUUUUUUUUUUUUUAAGGGGCGGGGGGGGGGGGGUCCACUUGAGAUGAAAAUCUCUCGUUCUUUGAUUCUUUCCUCUAAGCACCAGGAUCAGGAUGUGAUUACCUCAGUCCCAAGCUAUUUUUCGCGCCCAAGAUCGCGACUUGUAAAACACAAUCAUUUAUCGAGUGACAAAUAUUUUACUUUUCGGGGGGAAAUGAAGGGAAUGUUGUUUUUUUAUCCCUUUUUUUUCUUUUUCUUUUUUUGUGGGAAGCGUUUGUAUACUACUCGACCUAACUUGAGGUGUCUUUUGUGGUUAGCUUCCUUUGCUGCUCUUCGUUUUUCACAAAAGGGAAGAAGAAAACGAGCGCCAUCAAUCCUCUCUACAAUAUCUUGGUUCUGUAAAUAUUACUGAUUAAAUUAAUUUAAGAUGGA